CAGGAAGCAAGCCGGAUUCGUUUGAUCCUUUUUUUACUCACCUCUAUCCACUCGCUUUUGGAUUUUGAAAUUCACCUCCCAGUUUAGAAAUACGUGCGGCACACUGGAAAUUAGACUAAGCCUGCUUAAUACCCGUGGAGUAUUGGCUUAAGAGUCGGUCAUUUUCUUGCCGGUUCAUCCAGUCUGUGAACCGGGUGAAGUAAUUUCUUAUGUUCCUGAAGUGUUCUUCUGGGAACGCUGCUCUGCCUGAAUUGCUCAAAAUUUUCGCGUGGGUAGACGUGCUGGUUGAGGCACGUGUUUGCCAAAGAAGGUAAUGAAAGCUCCACGCUGUCUGGGUUGAGCUGGGAGUUUCUCAGAACAGCGUGUGGAGCUUGGCCAGCUUUUCACACAGGAGCUGAGAAUACUCUCGCUAGGACGCAUGUACUCUUCCAUUGCCAGCCAGACAUAGGAAAAACAUGUUAGACAAAUUAAAUUCUGUUCUCUGCAGUGAAGCUGUGUAAGUUUUCCAUGUUAAAAUUUUUUUAUUUGAUUGUCUUACGCUCCCUGUGGAGGUUAUAAAGAGACUGGAGAAACCUGCGCAUUCUCAUCCUAGGAAGAGAACAUCUGAGCUGUACUUGUGGCUUUCAUACUGCUUCUAGCAGGGUAGUUUCUUCAGCAGGGAAACUCGGGGCUAUAGAACAUAAUUAUGUGCUUUUGUAAGUAAUACAUAUGAUUGCUAGCUCUUGGGAUUGUUUGUCAUGUGUAGUGCUUGAUUCUUGACAGAUUCCUGCUACGUUAUGUCGGGAGACAGUGAUUGCACCAGGACAAGCCCAUCAGCAGGGUCUCUAUCAGACAAUGAGCUCUUGCCAGAUCGUCCAAAAUAUGUUUGCUCGCUAUCUCCUGAUCUCAUUACCAAAGCCCGGGAAGAACUGCAAGAGAAACCUGAAUGGAGGCUUCGUGAUGUGCAGGCGCUCCGAGAUAUGGUGUGCAAAGACUAUCCUUCCCUGGGGACCUGCCUGGACGAUGCUUUUUUGCUAAGGUUCCUCAGAGCCAGGAAAUUUGAUUAUGAUCGAGCACUUCAGCUUCUGGUGAACUACCACACCUGUAGGAGGAGUUGGCCCGAGGUCUUCAACAAUUUGAAGCCGUCCGCAAUAAAGCCUGUGCUAGAGUCUGGUUUUGUCACUGUGCUGCCUCGCUUGGACCCAGAGGGACGCCACGUUGUCUGCAUCCGCCCAGACAGAUGGACACCCAGUAAUUAUCCGAUUACUGAGAACAUUCGUGCCAUAUACUUAACGUUAGAAAAACUCAUUCAGUCCGAAGAGACCCAGGUGAAUGGAAUUGUAAUCCUGGCAGACUACAAAGGAGUCAGCUUAUCUAAGGCGUCUCAUUUUGGUCCUUUUGUAGCCAAAAAAGUGAUUGGAAUUCUUCAGGAUGGAUUCCCCAUUCGAAUAAAAGCUGUUAACAUCAUAAAUGAGCCUCGUAUAUUCAAAGGCAUUUUUGCAAUCAUCAAGCCUUUUCUGAAGGAAAAGAUAGCAAACCGGUUUUUUCUUCAUGGCUGUGAUCUGAAUUCCCUUCAUCAAAACAUUCCUCCAGUGAUCCUUCCUGAAGAGUAUGGUGGUACUUCAGGGAAGCUGGACAUCUCAGCCUGGAAUCAAUUGCUUCUAGCCUCUGAAGAGGAUUUUCUGCAUGAUUUCUCACAGCUGGUUCUCCCAUGUGACAGCUCUCCCCAUGACAUGCUAGUGAGUGGGGAUGCUGAUGAAAAGCAAUGUGAUGAUUCUCUGCGAGGCAUGAAACCUCAACUCUAUUACUGUUAUUAAUCAGCCAGUGAAGGGACGCUUCCCAGCACAGUUAAGACCUCUUGUACUCUGAUGAUAAGUGAUGUUGUGAACUCUGCCUUACUCCUAAACCUGCAGUUUAGGAACAGACUGCUGAGGCACUUUACACUAGAACCAAAGGAAGCUGAAGAGGGCACAAUGGGGGCAAGGCAGAGUUUGUGGAGGAUAAAGGCAAAGAGCACAUAGCUGCCAAGUUAUCUAGAAUAUUUAAGAGUUUGUUAACCUCUGUGUGAAUGAUGCCAACUGGCAUAUUCUUCCUAAUGAUAAGACAAAAGUAUACUGCAGUAGGGUAAACUUGAUAAUGUCUCCACAACCAUCUCCCCCCACCCCCAGGUGAAAAGUAACAACAAUGAUUUACUAGCUUGGUCAUCUCUUCCCUUCUCUUCACCUUCUGAAAACACUGAUAAUCCAAGACAAGAAAACUACUUUUGCGCCCUGCAAAAUGUAGUUCCGUCACUGGAGAGCACUUAAAGCAAAGUCUGUGCUCUAUCACUUGGUCCAGAUUGUGAGCUGGCUUUUCAGGAAUAUUUAAAUGAAUUUUUGGCUCAUAAAAAUGCAAAGUAAAACUUUCUUAUCCAUGGAUGUCAGUAUGGAGAUUUUUCUACGAGCCUUUCUCACAGUAGGAAGAACUAUACCUGGUGGACUAAUUAUUGCAACAUUGAUAUCAAAACUUAUUAUAAACAGAUGCAAUCUCCAUUUUCAGAAAAGAGUAAAUUGUUCAGAUCAGGUUCUGCAGCUUUUUGAUUAGAUUGUUUCAAAUAACGAGGUUCAGGACCAAACGAUAAAGAGCUAUGUCAGUCACCUUCCCAUGUUAUCAGUUGCUCUUUCCUUUAGCUGGUUGUGAUAAGGAACUCGGUAAGCAAUUCAUCAGUAGAAUUUGUAAGGAGGCUUUGUAGCAGCUGCUGUAUAAUGUAUAGAAGGCAAUAUUUCUUAAAAGAAAGCAAGGUGCUUCUUUAGCUGUGUUACUUUGGAUGGAAUUUGAAUUCGAGUCUUUGUGAAACCAAAUGCAGACAGGGUAUUUGAAAGCACAGUCUUAGACUUCCAGGCGUUGUAGCAUUUUGUUCGCUGUGCUUGUCUGCUCUUUUUGAAAUGUUACAACUUUGGUUUCAGCUUUGUUGACCUCUUUUGUCUUUGGUUGUUUUGUUCCUGUAUAGAGUUAACUUUAAUCACCUCGCUAGUAUUUACCCAUAGCUUGUGGGCCUGUGCUUUUAGGUACUUGUCUAGAGCCAGAACCAAGACUACAGUGUCAAGUCAGGGUAAGAUAUCCUGUGUCUGAAUAAGCUGUUCCCACUUCCCAAGUCCACUCUGUUUAAUGGUCGUGAAUUAGAAAUUAACUCUCAGCACACUCUUUGCACAUGGUUUUUCUGCACUAAACUAGUGCAGAGAUGGGAAACCUCACUAGGAAAGAAGAAAAGCACACCCGACUAUUUCAAGGUGAAAUAUUUCACUAUUUGGUGAAAAAGAACAACCCUUCUAAUUGGAAACCUUAUCUCUAGAGCACUUUUUUCUGGCUGAAAUCUUUAUUUUGUGCCAAGUAUGAUAUAGGUACCAGUUAUGUUUUGUAAACAUAAAGCUAUAACAUCUUGAGGAGUUGAGACAUUCAUUUUUCAAAGUGCCAAACUACUUUGAAUGUCUUUUUUUCCUCUCAGUCCCCCUACAGCAUGGUUAUGUUGCCAAAAAAAAAAAAAAAAACCCUCCACCACUGUAGUAAUGACUUUCUGACCUGGCAGCAGACCUCAUCCUGGAACAGGGGGAUGGCAGAUGCCAGGCUUGUCAUCCAAGCAUUAUACAAGGAGACCAGGUUUUGAAAAGGAAGAAAGCAUGAAGCUUUUUCCUGAAUGGCAGUUCAUAGUUUUAAUGGGAGCGAAGAACUCAUCACUUCAACUGUUUUAGAACAUAGGUAGGAAGAAAGAAAUCUUCCCCACUUCAGGUCUGAUUUUUCCUACCUUUAUAAUUCAAGUAUUACUCUUCUUUGACAGCUAUUACCUUAAGUGCAGGGGAAAAAAAAAAACACAUAUCACUUUUUGAUGCUUAGGAUAAAAGCAGAAAUGCACUGCUAGCUGCUUCUUCCUCAUUUCUGACCAGAAUCUGCUGCAUGUUUUGCUGAGAUUAAUUCAGUUCUUUGUGCCAUCUACCAAGACAUUAGCCCAAAGCACCAGGACUUAAACAGUCUGGGUAGGAACUUAUCUUUCUUAACUGCCAGGCAAUAGAUAUCGAUGUUUAUAUUGCUUGAGUGACUAUUAAUUCCAGCCACCAUGUACAAUUAGAAAACAAAAGUAGGAUGGAACAUUUUUCUGAGAGGUGAAGAUGUGACUGGCAUUUGAUAGUCCUUCAUUAAUUUUGUUAAAGGGUUUGAAGUGGUGGUAUUUUGACAGCUCACCUACAAGUACAGCUACUUUGACCCCCUUAGGGUAAUGACUGGAGAAGGAAGUUGAAUAUUCAAUUUAGUAUCUUUAACAAAAGAAACCCCCAGGUGUUUAGCAGGAGGCUGCACCUGAGGAACAUCUACAGAAACUAGGCCUCCAGGCCUUUUUUCAGGCUUUUAUGUUCUUUCAUGCCUGAAAUGAUAGGCAGACUAGAUCUGUCUACCCUACCUUCUCUCCUGCUCACGGAGAAACUAAAUCACUUGCUUUAUUCUUAAACAGGAUGAACGUAUGUUAUUCAAGCUGAAAAUAGCCUGUGUUACCUCCAGAACAGCUUGUUCCUAAAGCUAGAUGCUUUAGAGUUGAUAUCAGGAUGCUGGAACUAAGCCAGGUUUACCUGUGUCAAGCAUUUUCUUCUAGGUUUGGCCUUUUUGGCUUUAGAACUUAAAUAGACAAAGCAGCAUCUUCAUUCAGCUGUAUCUCUAACCCUUUCUAGGUUUGUAACAGCACAGUUCUGUCUUACAUGCACCUGACUACUGAGUUGAAAGUGCUCUUUGAGCACUUACUAGCAAAGAAAUCAGUUUUGUCCCAAAAUUUCUCAUGUCAGCAUUUGGAAAAUAAACACUUGGUUUAGGUAGAGGCUCCUCAUCUGCAGGUUAAGAGUAGAUAGGAAAAGCUAUUUAACUCCCAGCUCUUCUUCCACAGCACUAAAACUGAUAUGAUCUUUUUUUUCUACUUGAAGAAACUUUAACUGUUUCCAGAGGUUCUAAGCUUUGCCUAGUACCUAAGCCAUUCCUGCCAAAUUCAACACACAAUAAGGGAAGGUACUCAAACUGCAUUGGGCAGCCAUGGCUUUUGGCAUUACAUGGGAUAAAAUUUAGCUGCAUAUUGUAAAUAAAAGUACUUGAAUUUAUACUCUUAUAAAUGGGUGUUACAAACCCUGAGGUAUUCUCAGGAAAGUGGGUGAUGUGUGUGUUGGUUUUUUUUUAAUCUCAUUUUGGCAUGAGUUAAUUAUAGUGUUGUUCAAGCUAAUAAUUUUGCCUUCUGUUGUAUGUGGGCCUAAAGGUGUUGGGUUAAGUGUACAUCUUAUUUUGACAAAAUUUAUUUUUAUAUUGCAUUUUAUAAAAUAGAGUGGUCAAAAUGUGUAAUUUUAUGCUGCAUGACUGAGUAAUUAAAAAUGCUAUUGUAACAGCUGCUAUUUUGAUACUUUAAAUAUGUUCACUUUGUGUCAUCUUGUUGUAUUUUAUUGUAAGAGUGGAUAGCAGCAUGUAGUUAGUGCCACACUAAACCCAGUUGCAGCCAAGUAUGAUUGCCACAGCCUUAUAGAAGUUGUUUUCUACUACAGUACUAAAUUUUACUUCCUGAACAACAUCAAGAAAUUGGAUUCAACAUUCAGAGUCUCAUGGAAGAUGCAGUUUGUUUCCAAAGAAAUACAGUACUGACACUAUGACUGAGUAGUUGCUGCGUGGAGAAAACAUCCAGUCAUGUCACCUUGCCCCUGUAGAGGCUUUUAGCAUUUUAAUCAUGAUUUGUCAUAUCUUGCAUGUGGAGAAUAACUGCCCUAGUCCUUAACACCUCUCAAAAGAGCUAAGACAGCUUCAGUAGUUAGUCUGUUUUAUUCAAAUGAGUUUACAGUGCAAAUGCUUUAGUGCCAAUAAUGAUCACUUCAUAUGCAUUACCUCUUACAAGCAUACCAGACAAGUGAAAAUUAAUGAGGAGCUCUGUUUUUCCAUCAUAAUCAUGAAGUUGUUUAAGCUAGUCAUACACUUACCACUUAAUAUUUGGCAGACAUACUAAAAAAGAAGUUACCAUAGAUGUUGUGUCUCUGAAAGGGCAAGUUUGUUCUUAAAAACAUAAGAGUUAACAUCUUUUCAACCUUAAAGUUGUGCUCUUCUGGUGAGAAAUAACAAAAAAAAACUAAAAAAAAAACUUAAUUCUUUUAACUGUAAGACAGGAA